CGCUAUCGAACGAAAGAGCAGCCGACGGUCAUUUCUUCCAGCUUAAAAACUACAGGGUGAAAUUACAUUUUCCUGUUAAUUAUGCUCUCAAAAGUGCACGGAGUUUCCCAAAUCAGCAGUGAACACAUGCAGUAAGACAUAUACUGGUAUCAUAUUACAGUGUAUUUUGUCCCAAAACAAGGAUAUUGCUAGAUUUACAGUUGACCCGAUAACGUCGCAAUCGAACAGCGAGGUGAUCAGCAUGGUCCCCGAAAGUGUCGGGCUCGCGGGAGCUGAAGUUGUGCUGGACUUCUUCUGUCAGAGCAUUUGUUUCAUUGGCUCUAUUUUUGUUGUAUUAUACUGCACAUUUUGUUGGUUUCUAUCUGUGGAUACGAUCUUGAUACUAUCAGUCGUAUGUGUGAUAAGCGGAGUGGGGUCCCUGCUGUAUUUCAAGAAGACACGACUUGCCAAUUCGCAUCUGGAACGGUUUUUGUCCAGCAAUAAUUCUGUGAUCGCGCACAGAGGAGGAGCAGCUGAUGCACCAGAAAACACCAUCCUUGCUAUUCAAGAGGCUAAGAAGAAUGGUGCUAGUGCAGUUGAAGUGGAUGUUGAGAUCACCAAAGAUAGAGUAGCCAUCUUGAUGCAUGAUGCUACAAUUGAUAGAACGACUGAUGGCUCUGGCCUCAUUGGUGAGAUGAUGUGGAGUGAUGUAAGGCAGCUCAAUGCAGCAGCAAAAUUCUCUUCCAGUUCUAGAUCCAAGGUAUCGUAUGAAGCCGUUCCUGCUCUUGAUGAGGCGGUUCAGGAAUGUCUGAAUCUCAAACUUUGCAUCUUCUUUGAUGUCAAGGCCUAUUCAAAGCAGAUGGUUGAUGAGCUCAUGAAGCUCUAUCAGAAGUACCCUGAUCUAUAUAAUACCAGUAUGAUCUGCUCAUUCUUCCCGACUACUGUAUACAGGGUGAGACAGCUAGACAGUGAUAUACUGACAGCAUUGACCAGUGAGCCUUACUUCAUAUCAAGCCAAGCAAUGAAGAGAUUGCCAGGUCCACCUACCUGGUGGAAGUUAUUGCCCUUUGCAAUCCUUGAUAGGGUUUUGGUGUGGAGUUUGUAUAACUGGUUGUGGGUACUGUGUGGAAACUCUGCCAUGCUACUAAACAAGGACAUGAUUUCACAGAAUACCAUCCGCUACUGGUCAGCACGAGGUCUCACAGUUAUUCCAUGGACUGUCAAUAAGAAGACAGACAAAGAAUACCUUGCUUCACUCGGUUGCCAGUACAUAACAGACUGUGUCAAGUAGGCAGACAUUAAAAUGCUUUCCAGACUAUCUACAGUUAAGACAAGUGCCUUAUUAACAAUGCUUGUUACUACUAAUUGUUGAAAGACAAAUCUCUGGCUUUUGGUUGUAAAGGUCCCUAUGCAAUGAGAUAUUGGAUGUUAUGCAUAGGAAUGAAUACCAAAUUUUAUUUUUCAGUAUUUUGGAAAAAGGUAUUUUAAUGAUUUUGAUAUAUAGAGAAUACUGUAUGCCGUUUUUUGCACAAAAAUGUGAUUCUGAGAGGAGUGACGGAAUGACAGGACAUAUAUGUCCCAAAAAAUUGUGUCUCAUAUGUAUAUUGUAGUGGUCACAUGUCAUAAGGUGGUCCAAUUUCGUGCACAGGGUAAAAAUGGUCAAAAAAGUUUUUUUUUUAAAA